UCACGUGACGUCCCGGAAGUAAAACAGAUUUAGAUGAUGAUGAUGUCAUGAAAGUUGCGCCAGUUGUCGUUUUGUAAAAAAAAUUCAUUAUUCAUUUAGUUUAUCUAGAAUACAUAGAGUAUACUGUAAGUCAUUUGGCUAUCAAGACCAUUGUCUUUUGAAUGUUCAGUGUUUUAAAUCUCAGUAUUGUGUCAGAUCCAGAGUCUUUUGCCUGUCAAUGGAAAGUGAAAAACACACCGAGUGGAGUUCGGCUUUAGAUGAAGACUUACUUCAGGAUCCCGGUUCUGCAGUGAUUCCUCCGGACCCUUCCCCGUGGAGCCUGUCAGCCGGGCCCUGGUCCCCUGAGAGCGGCCUCCCAGCAGUAUUAAAUCAGUAUGCUGAAGCGCUGAGUUACAGCACUUAUAUCCCCAGCUGUGAAACACAGAGCCAAACCGUACAGACGGAGGACUGGACAGAGGAAAGAUCUACAAACACAAAUGAGGACUGGGAAUCAGACAUGUCACCACUAAUCAGCUCCCUUAAGGAUUGCAUGCAUCAUGUUGUUUCAAAGACUGACAAAACAUUCAAAUUAGAAGUGAAGUAUAUCAAUGCAGUGAAAGGACGUGGUCUGUUUGCAAAGGGUUCCAUUUGCAAAGGUGAUUUUGUUGUUGAAUAUAGAGGAGAUAUAAUAAGUGAUGCAGAAUUGCAGAGAAGAAGAAAACGUUACCACACAUCCAGUGCUGCAUUUAUGUUUGAGUUCAAGUGGAGAGGGAAAACGUGGUGUAUUGAUGCCUCUAGAGAAGAUGGAUCCUUUGGGCGGAUAGUUAAUGAUGACCACAAACAUCCAAACUGUAAGAUGAAGAAAAUUGAUGUGAAUGGACAGCCACACCUUUGUUUGUUUGCCCUGAAUGACAUAAAAGAAGGAGAAGAAAUUAGCUAUGACUAUAGAGGAGAAGAUUACCCAUGGAGAACACAAAUGACCAGCACAGCUGCUAAUACCAGAGCAGAUGGCGACUCUGAUCCUUCCCUCCGGUCAAAGACUCAGAUGAAUGAUACUACUGGUCAAAACAAUUCUCCUCAACAGAUGAAAGACGAAGAUCUUCAAGAUUCGGAUGAACUCUUUGAUUCUACACCAGAGAGUUCAGACUAUUACUUUACAGAUACCACUUCCGAAAGUGACUGUGACGGUGAUGCUUAUCUUCUACCAAACCAGACAAAACUUCAGCUUCUCUAUGAUGAACUGGAGGUUGAUGAAUCUGGCUCACUGAGUUCCCUUGACUGUGACACAACACCUCCAGAUAAAAUGCAUAGUCUUGCAUCUGAAGCAUCCGAAACAGAAGAACCAUGUUCAAGUCAGAACGCAAUAGAUGGCGUAGUUGUUAGUGCAUACCAAAAAAGAGGUGUUAACAGAGUCUACAACAAGAGGCUUUACUUAUAUUGCUGUAAGCCUUAUGCUAAGAUGGCAAGGCAUCUAGAAAGUUCACAUGCAUAUGAAUCUGAUGUGGCUAAAGCGCUAAGCUUUCAAAAUAGUUCCAAGGAGAGAAAAAAACAGCUAGAUUAUAUUCGCAACAGAGGAAACUAUGCUCACAAUGCUGCUGUUAUGCAAUCAGGAAAGGGGGAACUAGUGCCAUUUAAACGACCAGCAAAAGAAGCGCAGCGAAAAGAUUUCAUGCAUUGUGCAUACUGUCAAGGACUUUUUACAAGAAAGGUCCUGUGGCGACAUAUGCGUACUUGUAGACUUCAACCUCAAUCAGUACCCCUCAAACCAGGAAAAAACCGUGUUCAGUCCAUGUGUAUAUACACGGGGCCUGUGCCUUCAAACAUGACUAAACAACUAUGGGAAGUAAUUAGUGUCAUGCAUCCUGACCCAAUCACAGAUAUUAUAAAAAAUGACAAAGUAAUUAUUGAUAUGGUGCGAGAGAAGAUGCGAGAAUUGGGAAGGUUGGUUCACAGUGCUAGGAGAGUCACCUCCUUAAAAACAAUGGAAGAUUGUGUAAAUUCAAAGAAGUACAUGGAGACUGUCAAAGCUGUCAAGUAUACCUGUGGGUAUGAAUCUGACAAGUUCGUGAUUCCAUCACUUGCAAAGAAACUUGGGAGUUCCCUGGUUAAAGUAAAUGACAAACAGCUUGUGAAGAAUGCCAGUGAGUUUCAAGUCGUCCAUCAGGAGAAGUGGAACGAGAUGAUCUUAGCUACAGCAUGGAGGAAUAUCAGGGAAGCAAAGUGGAAUGUGCCCACACUCAUGCCCUUUACUGAAGAUGUCCAAAAAAUGCAUACAUAUCUCAGUCAAGUACAAGAUGAGUGGUACAAAUCACUGUCUGAAAGUUCCUUUACUAAAGCCUGGGUGGAGCUGGCCAAGGUUUGUCUAGCCCAGAUUAUUCUCUUUAACCGGAAAAGGGGAGGAGAGGUGGCAAGUAUGCCUUUGUCUGCGUUUUUAUCAAGAGACACUUCUGAUCUGCAUGAGGAUGUGGACUGGGCACUCUCCAAAGUAGAAAAAAAACUCUGCAGACACUUCUCAAGGAUUAUCAUCAGGGGAAAGCAUGGUCGACCAAUUCCAGUUCUUCUGACUCCAAAAAUGCUGUGUGCCUUAGAACUCCUUGUUAAGAAGAGAGAGCCUUGUGGGGUUCUAAAAGACAAUGCGUAUAUGUUUGCGAGACCAGAAGCCAUGACACAUUUCCGAGGGUCAGACUGCCUCCGUGGCUUUGCAAAGGCAUGUGGUGCAAAGUGUCCCAAGUCUCUGACAUCUACCAGACUGCGAAAGCAUGCUGCAAUCCUUUCAACAGUGCUGAAUAUGACAGACACAGAGAUGGACCAGCUGGCAAACUUUCUUGGACACAAAUUAAAAAUCCAUCAUGAGUUGUGUCGACUCCCUGAGAAGACAAUGGCUCUCGAACAAGGAAGAUUAGCUGAGUUCCAUGGCAAGAACUUGGAUGAAAUUGUGAUAGAUCCUGAUGAAAAAGUCCUGGAAAGUGAUGAAGACAGGAGCAUACAGGAGGGACACUGUGCAUCUACUGUUUAUGAACCAAAAGCUGAGGAGACACUUCCUCCUCCUGAGAGGAAUAAAAUGCCACCACCCAAAAGACUAAAACCACCAUCACCAGACGAAAAGAUUCCUUCAGGAGCCAGUGCUGUGAGGACUUCUUUGAAAGAUAAAACUACCCGGAGGAAAAAUCCCUGGCAGCAGACUGAGGUGCAGGCGGUGGAAAGGCACUUGAUGAGAUUCAUCACAUCUUUUACUGUACCAGCAAAGAGUGACUGUGAGAAGUGUUUAAAGGCUGAACCAGAAGCUCUGAAGUACCGUGACUGGAAGAACGUGAAAUUCUUCAUAUAUAACCGCAUUACAGCCUAUAAAAAGAGUUUGAAGUGCAAAUAAUAUGAAGAUUACCAACUCUCUGGUAUGGCAGUUUUUCUUUACAUUAGCCUUUUUCUCUCUUUCAUUCACUUUUGAGGUAGGUGAAGUUGUGCCAGAAAUACCUACGCUGUUUCCAAAGAGGUCAAAACUCCAGCAAAACUUGUAGAACAUUAAACAACUUUAUUGAUAGAGCAGUGCUUUUCAUCAGAGACUUAAAACAUACUGCAAAAAAAUAUUUCAAAUUGUGUAUGUGAGGCAAAACAAAAAUAAUUAUUUAUUUAUUUAGCAAUAAUUUACAUCCACACAUAUUGGCCAGUGGGACACCUAUUUUGUCACGGCUGAAAAAGAAGCAAUGGGAGUGUACAACAGAGGACAUGGGUGACAAAUAUGGUGUCACCAUAUUAAACAAGAUUGCUGUAUGUUUUAUGAUGACGGAUGAAGGUCAUAAGCUGAAAUGCACCAGUCUAACAAUAGCAAAACUUGUCAAACAAUUUUAGAGUCUUGACCUCUAGUUUUUGUUUACAUUCUGUCUUUUUAAUAUAAAAAUAAUUUCCUUGCAGGGUUUAUUUGAAUUCAGUUGUUUGUAAAGUUGGACCCAUUAAAAGUUACAUUCAGAAAAUUAAAUGAUUUGAUGUAUCAAGGUUCAUUUAGUAGUUAUUAGUAGAUUUUUAUUAGAGAUGCACAAUAUAAUUGGAACAAUAUCGGAAUCAACCGAUAAAGACUUAAUGUAUACAUUGGCAUUGGCCUGAUAUUAUAAAUUAUGCAGAUAUGCCUUGCUGAUGAGACGAAUAACUCACAUGUUCUCAGUGUGGUCAUUCUUGAAGCGCUCUUUUGCCUGAAUGGUGAUUAGAUUCACUGUUUUGGAUCACUGCAUUUAAUCUGAGAAUGGAAGUACAGGAUGAUGCGUCCGGUGAGCAACAGAGCCUCCCGUGGGUUUUAAUGCCAGUCCGUUAAGGCGUUCUAUGUUCUUAGGGGGCGCUGUUGGCCUACUUGUAAUCAAAUUUUAAGUAAAAUGCACAAACAACAUUAAGAUACUUGUGUUUCUGAUCAUUAAGAUUGUGUUUCUCAUUAAAAAAAGUAGUGAUUGAUGUCAUAAAAUCACGAGUAUGCUUUGAUUCAAAGGUCAGAAGCUAUAGCUUACAUGAAUAAAAAAAUAAAAUAUCGGUGAUUCAGAUAUCAGCAAAAAUCCAAUAUUGUGCAUCCCUAUUUAUUAUCAUGGUAAGACGUAUCGGGGAAGCUAGUAGCUGAUGGUUGGCUGUGAAUAUACACUUAAAUCAUUGCAAUUAAAAAAAAAAAAAAAAAGUUUUAAGGUUUGGUUUUAUAUCCAGGCAGAAAUUCACUACAAAUUCAAUCCUUCAUAUGUGAAUAGAGAACUUUUUUCACUGCUUUAUCUGUACACUUCAAUAACACUGCUAUUCCUAUGAAACCUAGGAA